AAGGUCAAUUUGGUUGCAAUAAAAGAGAACACCUAUGAAUUAUAACAUUUACUUUUGGUUGAAGCGCCAAUAUGAAAACUACACUUGCAAUUAUCGUCAUUUUAGCGGCUGUUACCCAAGCCAUCGAAAUAAAAUACUCAGCCAAGUCUAUAGAUAAAUAUGUAGCUGGAGGUAAAGAAUGUGCAAAAGAAGAAGGCGUGGAUCCCAUCUACUUGACCAAACUGAAUGACAAGAACCAGCUUCCGAACUACAAUGAAAUAGGAUGCCUGAGUUUAUGCAUGAUGAAGAAGUUUAACCUGAUGGAUAGUGAACUUCAUUUCAUUUCCGAAGAGUUCUUGCAAUUUUUCGAUAAUCCAGUCGUUAAAGAGACAUUAUCAUCAUCUAUGGAUAAGUGCACGCUCAUGUAUGACACAAUGAAAUCCUGUCAAAUCGCCUACGAUCUUCAUAAAUGCAUCCUUGUUAACCUGUAG